CAUAUAUACUCAUUCUUCUUUAACCUUCUGACAUUUGCAGAAAAAUGGCUCGGCAUUACCAUCUAUCUUCUCUUUUACUACUUGCAUUUCUUAAUUUAUUCUUCAUUCAUGGCAACAUAACUGGAGCGACUGCACGUCACCUUCUAGAGACGCCUGUCCCUGAGAUACCUAAACCACAACUCCCGAAAGUCCCAGCCUUGCCAAAGCCUGAAAUCCCAACUAUGCCGAAGCCAGAGCUCCCAACCAUACCAAAGCCAGAGAUACCCGCUAUUCCAAAGCCCGAGCUACCAACUUUCCCGAAGCCCGAGUUACCAACUUUGCCAAAGCCUAAGAUGCCUGAGAUCCCAACUAUGCCAAAGCCCGAGAUUCCCGCAAUGCCAAAACUAGAGUUUCCUCCCUUGAAAAAGUCAGAAAUCCCAGCAGUGACAAAGACUGAGGUUCCUCCGACUAUGAAAAAGCCAGAAAUUCCAUCUAUGCCAAAGCCAGAAAUUUCAGAACUAUCAAAUCCAAAAGCCCCAGAACUUCCAAAGCUAAAAGUUCCAACAAUGCCAAAGCCUGAAAUCCCAGAACUACCAAAGCCAAAAGUCCCAGAGCUUCCAAAGCCUGAAGUUCCAACUAUGCCAAAGCCUGAAAUCCCAGAACUACCAAAGCCAAAAGUCCCAGAGCUUCCAAAGCCAGAAGUCCCAAGCAUGCCAAAGCCUGAAAUUCCAGAACUACCAAAGCCAAAACUCCCGGAGCUUCCAAAGCUAAAAGUUCCAACUUUGCCAAAGCCUGAAAUUCCAGAACUACCAAAGCCAAAAAUCUCAGAGCUUCCAAAGCCAGAAGUCCCAAGCAUGCCAAAGCCUGAAAUCCCAGAACUACCAAAGCCAAAACUCCCAGAGCUUCCAAAGCUAAAAGUUUCAACUAUGCCAAAGCCUGAAAUUCCAGAAUUACCAAAGCCAAAAGUCCCAGAGCUUCCAAAGUCAGAAGUCCCAAGCAUGCCAAAGCCUGAAAUUCCAGAACUACCAAAGCCAAAACUCCCAGAGCUUCCAAAGAUAAAAGUUCCAACUAUGCCAAAGCCUGAAAUUCCAGAACUGCCUAAACCAACUCUUCCUUCACUUUCUCCACCGUACAAACCGGCUACUCCUUGAGUAAAUUAUAUGCUACUUUCAAUCUAUUAGAAAGUACCCAAAUGAUGUUUUGGGAUUUCCAUCUCAGUUUAUGAAGUUUGCGACCUGGAGAUAGUAUUGGAUACUUUCUGCUAGGAGUAGAACUUGUAAUUCUUUUAUAGUAGUACUUGAAUUGGAUGUAUCAUGUUUGACGUGUCAUUAUACUAUGAGUGUUUUAUGUACUUUUUAUAUAUACAGUGUAAUAAAGCUUUGAUCUAUGUUACUUUGGUUU